AUGGGAGAUUACCAUGGACUGAGGGAUGAGUUCAUGAGACGUGGCUACAAGGAUAGUGAGGUCUAUGGCACAACUUAUGGAAAGGUAAAGAAGCAGGUUGAUGUUUAUGAUACGUUGGAGUGUCAGUUUGUUAAUCAGGUAGGAAGUUUUAAAUAUGAAAAAUAAAGGUAGGGUAGAGUAGAAUAUGACAGAAUAGGGCUGAGCUGGACAAGGAGGGGUUUAGCAACGCUGCGUUGGGCAGGGCAUACAUGGUGGACAAAGCAGUGCAAAGUAGAGUAGGAUAGGAUGGUUGAGUAGGGUACGGUAGAACUACAAAUUUAAAAAAUUUUAGAUUCGGCAUUUGAUUUUGGCAGUGUCAGCCUAUACCCAGUCUAGAGUCUAUGUUAUUGCUAAUUCCCUUGGCGGUGCUAUUUCAAGAAAAGUGAGUCAUUUUCAAAAAGUAAAAUUUUUAAUUUAAAGUAUUUCUUCAAAAUUUUUUUUUCAUUUUUAAAUUUACCACACCCACCUUACAGGCCAUUCUUGGAGGUGAAUGUGUGGACACAUUGGAAGACUUGGGGCCUCCAAUAACCAACCGAAUCGAGGCCUAUUUGGGAGUAGCUGGAGCAAUGAAAGGCUGUAUGUUUUGCAUUGGAAUCGUCUCGGAGUUCAUUCCAAUUUGCAGCAAAUCUAAUGGAUUAUAUGUGAAUAGUCAAUUUAUUCGAGAUAUUAACAAUCGGUAAGGUUUGGUUUUUAUUAUUUCUAAUAUUUUUUUUGGAAAAGUGGCUACCGUAUUUUACAAAAAUCUGAAAAAGAGAAAAUUUUUUUGAAAAAAAAAUUAGUUUUAAAAAUUUUUUUAGCCAAAAGUAUGAAUCAUCAAGAAUACUGAUAUUAGAAAGUAGUGGAGAUGAUGUUAUUGGAUUUGAGUCGUUAAAUCAUACACGCUUAAUGGAAAUUGAUAGAGCUGAUCAUAUCAUCAUUGUAAGUCCUCUUUACUUUACCCUGCCCUACUUUACCCUACCCUACUUUACCCGCCCUACCUUACCCUACUUUACCCUACCUCACCUUACUCUACCUAAGAAAGUGUUUUACCCGACAGUAAAGUAACCUAUCCUACACUACCUGACCCUAAAUUAAAUCCGUGGAUUUUAGUUGAACGGGACAAACCAUGAACGGACGGUAUUUGGAACUCAAGCGCUACAAUAUGACUAUUUAGUAUUGAACAAAACGAAUCAAAUUCCAUUUGUCAACUACAGAAACAUGCAAAAACACGACGGUCACACUGAUUUUACUUUCUAAUUUAAAUUGUAUUAAACUUAUUUGCUUUUAUUUAAGUCGGAGAUCGCCACAUUUAAGUUUUCUUAACAUAUAUAGCUAAUGUAAUGUCAUAAAGCUUGACUCCAAAUUUAAUUUUAAUAAAGUUAUCAAAUAUUCACCUACUAAGGGUCUCCAAGAGCAAAGUAAGUUAUCAAUACUGCUCUUACAAAAUAAUUUUUUACCUGUUCACAAAUGAGAGCUGAACCACAUGUGUCUACAGUAGCUAAACUUCCGCCUUUACAAUACUUUUCCACCAGAUCAUGUUUUCAAACUAAAAAACGACAUUUCGACAACACUAUUCUGCGUCAAUCGGUUAUGGUAAUCACGUUGAAAACUUCCAAAAAGUUUAAAACUGUUUACAAAACACCUACAAUAUGAAAUCAUCUAUUUACAAAAAGUGCCUACAAUAUGAAAUUGCACUGAAAAAAUGAAAUGUUAAAACCUUGAGAACUUUGUUUUCAAACAUCCGUUAACCAUAUGUUUCGAUAAAAUUAUUCAAAUGUAUAGUUUCCACAACAAUGUUAAAAAGUAUAUAAGCAGGUUGCCAAAACCAAGCAUCACUACCUUUGUGUUCUCAUCAAGGUAAACAAUACCACCUUCCUGUUGUCAUCAAGGAAAACACUAUCACCUUUCUGUUCUCAGCAAGGUGAUCUAGCAUGCAUUCCUUGAUUGUAUUUGCAAUUUUGUUUAUUAAUUAUUAUUAUGCUGGAGAGCUAACUAUCAUCAACGGAUGUAGCUCUCAGCUUACCGUAGUCAAAACGGUUGCUAGUGGGGCUCAAACAACCCAAUGUACACUGCCUGCCGGAGGAUUGUGUACACAAACCUUCACUGUUGGUGCUAUGAACUUCCGUGAUGGCUUUGGACAUGGUAAAUAUACUACACCCACAUUCAAAAAUACUUAACAAACUAAAAACAAAUUUAACCCGGUGUCUACAAAAGCAAUUACAAUUAAAAAAAAAUUUUGUAAAUUCAGCGUCAAAUCUAAGUUAAAAGCGUUGUAUUUUAGGAAAAACAAUUGCUGAAUUCUCGUUUGGCGCCACCAACCCUAAUGGAGCUUCGAACUAUGCAUUGAACGUUAUUGAAGGCUUUGACAUUGCCAUGCAAAUUAUCCCAGAAAACGGAUGUCAUGUAGCUACGUGUGCUAAUGCGUAAGAUUGUUUCAUUUUUUGAAAGGAGUAGUUUACGUGGAGUUUUUUAUAUAUUAUUAUACUGUUUAGUAAGUUAAACAAAGUAAUCCGUUAUGAUUCUCCAGCGUCUUACACUAUGAAAAAUAUUGAAAACCAUUAAAUUUUCAGCGCCUGCCCAGACGCGUAUCAUAAUUCAAACGACAAUCAUACAUAUGGUGUGGUUGAUGGUACGGCCUUCAUUCUUAGUCUUUGUAAGAUUUAUACUCCUACAAAUUCGCGAAACUGCACGCCACCACCCAUAACCACAACGGUUAGACCAACUACUACAACUGUGAAACCCUUAACCACUGUCACCACUAUUAAACCUUUGACUACUACAACUAAAAAACCUAUAACCACGACUACACCUAGAGGACCUAUUUCUACUAGUUUAACUAUUACCAAUAGGUGCACUAAUUCUAUCACUGUUGUGAAAACAGUUGCCGGUGGUACUCAAACUGUACAAUGCCAGCUUGCCGUUGGUGCUUCAUGCACUCAAUCCUACAUAACUGGUGUUAUGAACUUUAGAAAUGGCUUUGGUUCUGGUAAAUUUAUGCUUUACUUAAUUUUUUAUGUAAUUUUUUGUUAUAUACAUACAUUUGAAAGCAUUCAAUUUAUAUACACCACUCUUUUAGGCCACACAAUUGCUGAGUUUUCGUUUGGUAAUCCUAAUGGUAACACCAACUAUGCACUAAACGUCAUUGAAGGAUUUGAUAUUGGUAUGCAAAUUAUUCCACAAAAUGGUGGUCAUGUUGCUCAAUGUGCUACUGCGUAAGUAAAAAUUAACAACAAUUAUUAAAAACAAAAAAACCCAUAGAAUAACUGGAAAGAACCCUUCAUAAUAAAUAAUUACUAAAAUGUUUUAGAAGCUGCCCCGACGCCUACCACAAUUCAAAUGACAACCAUACCUAUGGAGUUCCUGCCGGAAAUCCAAUGGUUUUGAACUUGUGCCAGUUCCAAACGGUAACGACUACCACAACCAGAAAACCAACAACCAUUACUACGACUAAACUGAUCACUGUUACCACUAAACCUACGACGACUACAACUACUGGUCCACCCUCCACUAACUUAACAAUCACCAACGAUUGUAGUCAAUCUGUAACUGUAGUAAAGACUGUAGCAAGUGGUGCACAAACUACACAAUGCCAGCUAGCUUCUGGCCAAUCGUGCAGCCAAUCCUACGUCACUGGUGUCAUGAACUUCCGCGGUGGUACUGGAACAGGUAAUUAUUGUCAUAAAGCUAUACUAACUUCCAAGUUAAAGAAAAAUUUUUUGCAUCUCACUUUAUUUAAGUUCAAUUCAUAGUAUUUACAAAAAUGUUUUAGGACACACAAUUGCUGAAUUUUCGUUCGGCAAUCCAAAUGGUAACACCAACUAUGACUUGAAUGUGAUUGAAGGAUACGAUAUUCCUAUGCAAAUUAAACCAGCAAAUGGCGGUCAUGUUUCUCAAUGUAACUCUCCGUAAGUGAACCCUUUCAGAAUUAUUCAAAGAAAGUAAUAUAUGCUUUUUAUAAAGCAAGAAUUCACCUUGUCCUUGAUACUUUUCCUACUUUUUGCCUCUCCUUAUUGUUAAACAUCGUCUAACCUUAACGAGUGUAUAAACUUGUGAAAUAUUUUAGAAGUUGCCCCGACGCUUAUCAUAGCUCUUCUGACAACAAAACAUAUGGUGUUCCAGGCGGAGUUCCAAUCGCUUUGAACUUGUGUUACUUGGGAUCGUAA